AUGUCACCCAACAGCAAUGACGGCUGGGAAAAUCUCACCGACGUCGACUUGAAUUCGUCGUAUAGCGAUUUGGGCCAAGCUAAAAUAUCAGCGGCAAACGCCCAUUCUCACCUUGACGCAUUCAUGGAUGGUAAGUUCCAGACAGCGGAUGCAGACAUCACUUCGAUCCCGCUCCAUCAUCUCUCAAGUCUAGAUGACAAGAAAGAUCCACAGUUCUUGGCUACCCAUAGUGUGAUCUCUCCCCAGAUCGGAAACCAGACUUCAGGAAUCGCAGGGGAAGAUGUGGAAGCACCUACCUACACGGCAAAUGAAGUCGAGAUAGACUAUUUCCGUCCCAAGAACACUUAUUGGCGACACUUUCUGCUGGCUUUGGUAACUGCAGGAGCACUUUUGUUGGCUAUCAUUGGAAUGGGUGUUGGAUUGGGAGUUAUGAGCAAGAAUUGUCGAGGAGGAGCAGUUAUUCCAGUCCAGCCAACUUCAGUGUUGGUAACUACGACUGCAUCUGCAAGUUCGGUUACAGUUACAUCGAGUCAUGCAAUUACAGCUACAUUCACACAAGCUCCCAGGACUCAGACGGUAAUGGCUACAAUGACCCAACCGGCUGAGACCAUCACUUCUACGCUCGUAUUGAAAACGAUCGUCACAGAGAAAAUUACUACGACGAUCGAGGUUAUACGUCCAGCUACGAUCACAGCAACUUAUGGUUGCAACAAAGCGACUGCGACGUUCCAGUUUGUGUGCGAGGGGCCGGAUAUGAAAUGUAGACGGGCGGAUGGGAAGAGUGGUGGGAAUGGAAUAUGGUAA